GGUUCCAAUCCAAUCCUCAGCCGUAGAUAACAAAAUUAGCAUAAUAUUCUUCCUUCUGCGUGUUAUUCGCCAUUUGACCACCACGAUAACGCGUAGUGAUCACACAACAAUCGAUCAAAAAGCCCCGAAAGGAAACCCAAAAUCCUUGUACACAAAGCAAACGCACAAGUUUUUGUGAGCAAGAACUAGAAGUUGUUUAUAGGGUUUAUUGGAUUUUCCUUUUUUGAUCGCUAAUUUCACCAUGAGUUUCCUAUUCGGCAAGAAGAAAACACCCGCUGAGCUCCUGCGGGAGAACAAGAGAAUGCUUGAUAAAUCCAUAAGAGAAAUCGAAAGAGAAAGACAAGGUUUGCAGACACAAGAGAAGAAACUGAUUGUAGAAAUCAAGAAAAGUGCCAAACAAGGUCAAAUGGGAGCUGUGAAGGUGAUGGCUAAAGACCUUAUAAGAACACGACACCAAAUUGAGAAGUUUUACAAGCUUAAAUCCCAGCUGCAGGGUGUAUCCCUAAGAAUUCAGACAUUGAAGUCAACACAAGCAAUGGGUGAAGCGAUGAAAGGAGUGACAAAAGCAAUGGGCCAAAUGAACAGGCAAAUGAACCUUCCAUCAUUGCAGAAAAUAAUGCAAGAAUUUGAGAGACAAAAUGAGAAAAUGGAAAUGGUGAGUGAAGUCAUGGGUGAUGCCAUUGAUGAUGCUUUGGAAGGUGAUGAAGAAGAAGAUGAAACUGAAGAGCUCGUGAGCCAGGUUUUAGAUGAAAUUGGUAUUGAUAUUAACCAAGAGUUGAUGAAUGCACCUUCGGGGGCGGUAUCAGUCCCGGCUGCAAAGACGAAGGUGGCGCAAGCGGAAGCACCGGCGGGGGCGGGGGCGGGUGAUGAUGGUGGGAUUGAUAGUGAUUUACAGGCGAGGUUAGAUAAUUUGAGAAGAAUGUAACUAUCAUUAUCAUCGUUAUCAUAUUCACAACUUAAAAAAAAAAGUAUUUCACAUAUAUGCUUUGUAAAAAUUUGGGUCGAAUUUGUGAACGUUUGUGUCGAUUAUGGUAUCAAAGUUUG